AUGGUCACUGUCAUGGAAGGAGAUAUGCUUCAGCCAGAUAUGGGGUUGAAAAGGCAAGAUCUAAGGAUACUACGGGCACAAAUCAACGUGGUAAUACACUCUGCCUCUUCUAUCGCUCUUCUCAAAUCCUUAAAGAGAUUAUUUGGGCCUAUCAUCGAUUCCACGAGUCGACUAGCCCGUCUGGCGCUUGAUUUUGAUCAGCUUGAAUGCUUUGUUUUUAUCUCCUCGGCAUAUGCGAACGCCUAUAUACCUUCUCAAACCGACGGACUUUCUGGAAUCAAGAUCCAAGAGACUAUAUAUCAAUUACAAAGCAUGGAAGCUGGUAAAAACGAAAAUGAAGAAUUGGAGCGGGAGUUACAAGAUGUGCAGAAGACAGGAACUUCGUCUUCCUAUGAUUCACACAACUUCCCAUGGGACUAUGCAUAUGCGAAGCACCUAACAGAACGGCUGCUCACUCAUGCAUUUGCUGCAUCUGAUAAGCGUCUCCUCAUCUUACGACCAUCGAUCAUCGAACCUGCCCAGAGUUUUCCAUACCGUCAAUUCUGCUUACCUAUGUCCACUCCCCAUAUCAUAUUUACGGCCGGGAUUGCCCUCACCCCAUCCAGAACCGCCUGCUUCUCGUCGCAAUUCAAAGACCCAUACCAUCAAUCGACUGUGGACUACGUACCAGUGGAUGUUGUGGUCGACCGGCUACUAACUCAUCUAGCCCAAGGAACUACAGGUCCAGUACAUGCCGUUGCGGGUUUAGCCCGGAUGUCGUUCGAAGCCACUUGGACCCGAACAACUAUCCACCGCCGGAUCCCUUGGGCCAUCCAACCCAGAUGGACGCGUCAAUCUUGGCACUCCAAGCUCAUCCAUCCGCUUGGCCGUUUAUACUGCACGAUAGGUGCUUCUUUCGAAUUCAGUGAGGAGAAAACCUUAGCCGUCUGGCAGCAGCUGUCUGACUCGGAGCGCCAAGGUCUGCACCUAUUUACUGAUAUGGAUACUCUUUAUCAUGACCAUGAGCACAUGCGGAGCGAUCACAUUUGGACGUGCAUGGAGCAUUUGACAAAGCGCCAACAAUGGGCUCGGUGGAUGUCAAAGUGUCUUUAUCGUUCUCUGGCAUCAUUUAAAUCCUAG